UGGCCACAGACGGUGCUGAUGGAGGCAGACAGCUGACAGAAGGCGGACCGGAGGAGAAAACCGCUCCGCUCCACGCGCGUUCUGCAGCGGAACCAGCCGAGCGUCAACAUGGACAACAUGGACAACCUGUUCAACCCCAGCCUGGCAGAGGCUCUGAAGAAACUGGACCCGGAUGAUGGAGAGCAGAUCAUGGAGUACUUUAAAACCCACGCGCUGCUGAGCAGAGAAAAAGCCUUGCUGCAGGCGUCCGUCAGAGAGCAGAAGAAGCUGCUGGUUGAAAACGCCAAACUGAAAAAGGACAUCGACCAGCUGAGGGGUCAGCUGCAGGACAAGCAGAAGAGACGCACCGCCAAAGCGUUGUUCUCUCAGGCUGCGCCCCCUCAGAGUGUAAGCCCCGCCCACUCCAACCCUGACCCCGCCUCCCCUGCAGGAGCAACAGCUGCUGUUCCUCCAAACUGUCCUCCUCCCUCCGUUUCCUCUGGCGAGAGCAGAGACCGACCAGGCAGGCGGAGGAGAGGAGAGAGGAAAGCUCGUCCGGCCUCAGACCCGCUCCCUUUGGGGGCGGAGUCUCGCAUCGACGCGUCACGUCUGGAUCUGCGUGUCGGAAGAAUCCUGAGCGUCCGGCGCCACCCGCUGGCGGAAGCCAUGAGUGUUCAGGAAGUGGAUGUGGGAGAAAACGCGCCGCGGACCGUCGUUAGCAAACUGGGAGGACUGCAAGAUCUGGACCAGGUUAACGCUAAGAAACCCAGGAAACAACAUUAUUAUAUUAGGUGUUUUGAACGAAAACUGACUUUAUUGUGUCACUAUUUUAGCUUAAUUUUCCAAAUUAUGAAGUUAAAAGUUUUCAUAACAAAAUGUGACUUUUUUUCAAACCCUUUUCAGUAUGCCUUCAAAUAUUUCUGUGUAUAAAAUAUCAUUUUGAUUUGGAAGGAUAUUCAAAAAUUAACCUAAACUAUCAAAAUAAUAGGAAAUUACACUCAAUUCUUUUACUUUGCGCUAUAUUUGUUUUUAUUAUAAUGCAAAUGUAAAAGAUGAACAUUUCAUGUGAAUGAUUAGAUUUUAUAGGUGUAUUUUUAAGCAGUGAAAUGAAAUAUUUAUUUAAAAUGUAUGCUGUCAAGUUUCCA